AUGGGUUCCGUAGAAGAGCCAGCCUACCUCUACAAGGAUGUUUCCCAAAGUCCCGCAGGGUCAAUGGUCACCUCGGCCCGGGGCAUGUACCUUACACUCGAGAAUGGCCAGGAAUUACUGGACGCUACCUGCGGAGCUGCCGUGUCCGCCAUUGGCCAUGGUCAUGAGCGUGUCAAGAAAGCCAUCAUCUCGCAGCUGAACCAGGUCGAGUACUGCCACCCGGGCUAUUUCCCCAAUUCUCCCGCGGUGCAGCUGGCAGAGUAUCUGGUCCAGUCGACCGAGGGUCGCAUGUCUCGUGCCUGCAUCCUUGGAUCUGGAUCCGAGGCCGUCGAGUCGGCCAUGAAGCUGGCUCAGCAGUACUGGACGGAACUCACGCCGAACUCCCCUCGCACGCGUUUCAUCGCCAGAAAGGGAUCCUGGCACGGGUGUACUCUGGGUGCUUUGUCCUUGGGCGACUUCAAGCCCCGGAAAGCUCCGUUCGGCAACAUCCUGCACAGUAAUGUGUCGCACGUCUCCGCAUGUGACCCCUACCAUGGCCUCCGCGAAGGAGAAACCAUCCCUGCGUACGUGGAUCGUUUGAAGCAGGAGCUGGAAGACGAAUUCCAGCGCGUCGGCCCUGCGAAAGUCGCUGCUUUCUUCCUAGAGCCAGUUGUGGGAACGGCUCUUGGAUGCGUGGCUGCUCUUCCCGGAUACCUUCAAGCCAUGAGAGAAGUGUGCGACCGUCAUGGCGCCCUCCUGAUCUUCGACGAAGUGAUGUGCGGCAUGGGCCGUACCGGCACCCUGCACGCCUGGCAACAGGACGGGGUUGCUCCGGAUAUCGAGAUCGUCGGCAAGGGUCUUGGAGCUGGUUAUGGUCCCAUUUCGGCCGUCCUGAUCAACGAUCGAGUCAUCAACGGCUUCAAAGCCGGUAGCGGCUAUUUCCUGCACGGGCAGACCUACAUGUCCCACCCCUUGGGCUGCGCUGCUGCGCUAGAAGUCCAGCGCAUUGUCAAGGAGGACAGUCUUGUGGAGAACGCCCAGAAAAUGGGAGACUACCUUGGCGGACAGCUGAAGCUUCACCUCGGUAACCACCCGUAUGUCGGAGACGUCCGAGGACGUGGUCUCUUCUGGGCGGUUGAAUUCGUGGGCGAUAAGCAGACCAAGGCCUUUUUGGAUCCUAAGCUCGCCCUCAGCAAGCGUCUCCAGGUCAAAGGCAUGCAGAAGGGCUACGACAUCUGCAUGUUCGUGGCCAAUGGAGCGGCCGAUGGGUGGAAUGGUGACCAUUUCUUGCUGUCUCCUCCGUACAAUGUGACCAAAGAGGAUGUAGAUGAGAUCGUUCGCCGAGUCGUCAAGGUCAUCGACAGUGUCUUUGAGGAUCUAGCCCUCUAA